CAGCGAGCCCGAAUACGAUGGGGAAGGAAUAAAAAAGAAUUCCAGAAUCGUCGGGUCUGACGGGUCCUUUCCAGAGGAACGAAGUGCACAGGGUUGCCUCAAGACCCGAUAGCCUACUGGAAGAACCGGAUUUGGACGUCACGGUGUGUGGAGUUGGGACGAGUGUGCAGGGCCGUGGAAAUCGUUAAUGUAAAGAUUGGGCAACUGGCAGAUUGUUCCGUUUGAAUCGUCCGUAGGGUAGAAGAGCGAGGGAGCCGGCAUGGCGGACGGAUCGUUGAGUCUCCAUUGGAAUAUGAAGAGGAUCUGCAUGGUCUUGGAUCUAUAGGAAUAUACAGCAACCAUUCCCCAUUAACGCAUUAUCUGAUUGUUUCACUUGUGUCAUUUUGUGCUCAACUGUGACCAAAUUAGGGAAAUCAAACCAGCAGUGGGUUUAUUCGGGGGCCACGGGGCCAGAUUCAUGACUAUUUUAGUCGAAGACGCGUCCCCAAGACCUACCAACUGAAGGAAAAGGAUGCUUUGAACGACUAUUGGGGGAAGAGAAGUGGUAGAUUGAUAGGUCAAAAUAACGACUGUGAAAGCUCGUGGAGAGGAGUUGAUAUUGUAAAUAAUCUAACAUUCAGAUUAAGGAACUGUCAUUCAUUGAAUGCAAAGGUUUGGAAAUAAAUCUACCAAGCCACCAAACAAGUUACAGUAACGUAGCAUACAGUAUUUGAUUCGGGGAUUGGAUCAUGUCGGGGCGGCCCAGAACCACCUCCUUCGCGGAGAGCUGCAAACCAGUGCCGCAGCCAUCGGCUUUUGGCUCUAUGAAAGUCAGCAGGGACAAGGAUGGCAGUAAGGUGACAACGGUGGUGGCCACCCCAGGCCAAGGGCCUGACAGGCCGCAAGAGGUCAGCUACACAGACACCAAAGUGAUCGGGAACGGCUCCUUCGGAGUGGUCUACCAGGCCAAGCUGUGCGACUCUGGAGAGCUGCUGGCCAUCAAGAAGGUUCUGCAGGACAAGAGGUUUAAGAACCGCGAGCUGCAGAUCAUGAGGAAGCUGGACCACUGCAACAUCGUACGCCUGCGCUACUUCUUCUACUCCAGCGGAGACAAGAAGGAUGAGGUGUAUCUGAACCUGGUUCUGGACUAUGUUCCUGAGACAGUCUACAGAGUGGCCAGACACUACAGCCGAGCCAAACAGACCCUGCCCAUGGUCUAUGUCAAGUUGUAUAUGUACCAGUUGUUCAGAAGUCUGGCCUACAUCCACUCAUUUGGGAUCUGCCAUCGGGACAUCAAGCCCCAGAACCUGCUGCUGGACCCCGAGACGGCCGUGCUCAAACUCUGUGACUUCGGCAGUGCUAAGCAGCUGGUACGUGGAGAGCCCAACGUGUCCUACAUCUGCUCUCGCUACUACAGAGCCCCCGAGCUCAUCUUUGGUGCCACCGACUACACCUCCAGCAUAGAUGUGUGGUCAGCUGGUUGUGUGCUAGCAGAGCUGUUGCUAGGGCAACCAAUCUUCCCUGGAGACAGUGGAGUUGAUCAGCUGGUGGAGAUCAUCAAGGUUCUGGGGACCCCUACACGGGAGCAGAUCCGAGAGAUGAACCCCAACUACACUGAGUUCAAGUUCCCCCAGAUUAAGGCACACCCAUGGACUAAGGUGAGUCAACAGGUGUUCCGGCCGCGUACGCCCCCAGAGGCCAUUGCCCUGUGCUCUCGGCUGCUGGAGUACACGCCCACCUCGCGCCUCACCCCCCUGGAGGCGUGUGCACACUCCUUCUUCGACGAGCUGAGGGACCCCAACGUCAAGCUUCCCAAUGGGCGAGAAAAACCCUCCCUCUUCAACUUUACCACCCAGGAGCUGUCCAGUAAUCCCUCGCUGGCCAACAUCCUAAUCCCCGCCCACGCCCGCACUCAGGCCGCCUCCUCCACCCCAACCAACGCCACCGUCGCCACAGAUGGUAACAGCACAGAUCACGGCCCCAGCACCACUAUCGCCUCAGCCUCUGCUUCCAACUCCACCUCCUGAAUCCUCCCUCUCAGGGUUUAAAUCAGAUGACAACAACAACUAACUGAGCCCUCCACGUCACCCAUCUAAGUGUUUGAUUUCUGGAACCUACUCCAGUGAGGACAUCUCUAUGGUCUGUUAGAGGGAUGGAGUGGUGGGGGCAGGGGGAGGCUGAUGAAAUAUAAGAGUAUUCAUAUAUAAACGUACCAUAUAUACACAAUACUAGCCUGCUAAUGUUUCCAUGAGGACAAUCUAUAUAUCAAAGUAAUUAGCUGACCCCACACCCUCCUCCUCUUCUCUGUCCACAAUGAAAGCCCCCCCACUCCCCACUCCCUAUCCCACCCCACACCCUACCCCACCCACAUUAGGGAUCAGUCCCUCCCUCUCCUCAUCACUUCCCCUCUGACCCCUCACCUCUGACCCCCUGGUUGGGAUGGCCACCCUGGCUCCUCCUCCUGUAGUGCAUGGCCUGAGUAUAGGUAGGAGCACCCAGAAUGACCUUUCACCCCUACAUUGACGUCCACACUUCAGCUAAUUAGGCAUGAGGCACACAUACACACACACAUUCUUACCAACACACACCGAUGCAUGAAGGUCCUGAUAUAUGUGGACAGUCCAAUCAGAAGGGAGGUUUUGGAUGAUGUCAGAGGUAUGCUCGGGGUUGUUUUUAAACGGUUAGCGAACAGUUUUAUUCUGUUUUUAUUUUAUAUUCCCUGGGCUCGGGGUGGGCGGGAUCAUUUAGAUUGACAUGUGAGAUGUCUCUGGUUCUGUGUGCUUGUAUUACGUUUACACUGAUAGUACAAAACAUUAGGAGAUAUAUGUAUAUUCAACUUCAAUGGUUCAGAAUCCAUAACGGUUAGUUGCUGGCUCACAGAGCAGUGGCAAUAUUUGCUGCUGCCUAAAGACAUGAAGAGGCAAGGUUGUACGAUCUCUUUUGCUGGAAAAGCCUUUUUUUCAGCAGUCACUUUCCUAUUUUCAUGUAUGUAAUUAUUUGUAUGUUAAUGUUGUAGACAGGACUAGAAAACGGUCUGUUCCUUAACUCUCUCCCUUUUAUUUAUCUCUAUUAGAUUAAUGUUUCUGUGUUAUAAUGCAGUCAGUUUGGAGGGGAUGUCUCCCCCACACCUGCUCUCUGUCUCUUUCUUUAGAUGAAAACAUUUUCUUAAACUCGUGAUAAAUUCCAAACCAACCCCUAGCUUCUACCCCAUAAGCACUUGAUUUGGAAUUCAGCCAUGGAGAGAGGUCUUUGUAGUUUCUGGCUCUAAUUGUGACCACUGACUCAGUGUUAGUCCAACGUUAAUUGAACGUUAGUCUAGCAUUCUUCUCUUUUCUCUCGCUCUCCACCUGGACCACACAAGCACCUCUCUGGUACAGUCUCUCAGAGUAGAGUGUCUUACUUACCCAAACAUAUUCACACAGGUACAAUACGACAACACAACUACACUGUGUAUAUCCAGUACCAGUCAAAAGUUUGGACACACCUACUCAUUCAAGGGUUUUUAUUUAUG